AUGAUGUCUCGGCCUGGUAGGCGUGGCUGCUGCAGGAUCAUCCACUUGAAAGAGGACAACGCCCGUUUCCUCCUUCUGGCCAUUGUCAUGGUCUUCUACAUGCUCUCUGGCGCCGCCCUCUUUACGGCGCUGGAGAGGGAUAACGAGGUGGAGGAAAAGAGGAUCUACGACGAGAUAGUGAAGAACUUCAAGGAGAAAUAUACCAUGGUCAACGAGUCGGAUUUACAAUACCUGCUGGAUAAACACUCGGAAGCGGAGACGGCUGGCAUUGUGGGCAACAGGAGACCAAGAUGGGAUUUCUCUGGAGCCUUCUACUUUGUCGGCACUGUCGUUUCAACUAUCGGAUUUGGCAUGACCACGCCACGAACUCCGGCUGGCAAAGUUGUCCUCAUCUUCUACGGCUUCUUCGGCUGCGCAGGCGCCAUCCUAUUUUUCAACCUCUUCCUUGAGCGCAUCAUCACCUUCCUGGCGUACAUCCUGCGAGCCAUUCACGAGCGGGGCCAACGGAAGAAGGGGUUGAUGGGAAGGCGGCGCUCCAGCCAGGGAUCGGAGGACGAGCAGCUGGACUCGUGGAAACCAUCCGUGUACUGGGUCAUGCUGAUACUGCUGCUGGGAGCCACUGUGGUGGCGGUGAUUGCCUCUGGGAUGUACCAUCCUGUGGAAGAUUGGACGUACUGGGAAGCCAUGUACUUCUGCUUCGUGGCUUUUUCCACUAUCGGGUUCGGGGAUUACGUCGUGUCCCAGCAAGCCGAGUACCCUAAUGUGGUGCUGUACCGGCUGGGGAACUUCAUCUUCAUCGUGCUCGGCUGUUGUUGCAUCUAUAGUCUCUUCAACGUCACUUCCAUCGUCAUCAAGCAGAUGCUCAACUGGAUGCUCAGGAAACUCAACUGCGAGUGCAGAAUACGAAAGCCGCCCAUGACGAGGAGGAAUGCAAUCACCCCGGGACAUUUGCAAAGGGGCGGGACUAUGUCGACAGCAGGGGCGGCGCCAGCUGGUUCGGCGACAGGGGGCGGGGCCACUAAAGCUCCCACGGUGACUGUGACCGACGCGGAUGGCGACAGCGAUUCGGAGUACAGGCGGAACUCUGGAGAGAUGAUCUCUAUGAAGGAUUUCUUGCAGGCCAACAAGAUCAGCUUGGCCAUGAUGCAGAAACAGUUGUGGGAGACCUCACAGCGGGGCAGCUCCUUCCACAACAACAACAGCGGCUUCCAGGGCGGCGUGGGCCCCCUCGCCAUUCUCAACCGCAAGCUGGGUCAGGAUGAGUAUGACCCCAACAUGUGA